GAUUCCUGCCCGUCAAUCUAAAACGACAGCACUGUCGAUUGCGCCGCCAUCACUCUUCCUCGGCCGCGAAAUUCUUGUGAUCUCCUUCUCCGGCGAACUUCUUGCGAUCUUCUUCUCCGGCAAAUAUAGUUUUGAUCCACCAGGUGCUCUCAUUAAAAGUUUCUGCAUAUCUAAAUGGACGCAAGUUCAACUGAAGUUUCUGUUACGAAGAGUGCAGAAUUGUUAUUAAAGAGGAAAAGAAAAAGGGCAAGGAAGAAGGCUAACAGAAAAGAAAGACAGCAAAGGUUGGAUGAAAUGCUGCAAAAUCUGGAUGCUCCUAGAAAUAAAGAAAGUUCCAUUGAAGACAUGGCUAGUUUAGAGAAUUCUAGCGCACAAUUGCUUCCUCUAGGACAUCUAAAAAUACAAACGGAAUCGGCCACAACUCUUUUGGAAAAGAGUGCUGGUAGGAAAAAGAGAAGGAAGAAGAGAAGUGUGAUGAAAGCGAUAAACCAAAAGGGUGAGCCAUGUAGCAUGGUUCAGACCGAUGUUCCCUCAAAUCCAAGUCUGUUGGAUAGUAAGCAUGGAGAAGUAGAAAAUGGCCUACUCAAUCCAAACAUUUCAACUCAUGACUCCGUAUCUUCCGAGAGGAAAGCAACUGAGGCAUUGUGUAUGGCUGAUGUAAACUUGUCUCUUUCUGCUCCUUCAUCUGAUUUAGUGAAUGAACAGGACGAGCCAGAGUUGCCUAAUCGUGGCGGCAUUGCGUUAUCAUCAAAUGUACUGAAUGUUUUCAGUGACAAUUUUCCUGCUAAUAUAUCAGAAGGGGGGCUUGACUCUCUGACGGGAGUCCGGAAAAAGGAAGUGAACACAGUUGCUCGAAAAAAAAAACAUGAUUAUUUUGCUGAGCGAGCUAAAAGAGAUAAUGCUAAGGUUGCAAAUGAUGCAAUUGAAGGAGAAGUUUCAUUAUUUGAAGCUGGAAGAAUUUCGGCGGAAAGCUGUAGUGAAAGGACUCAACUCACCGACAAUUCAGGGUUAAUCAUGCAUUUUCAUUCAGCUCCCGUUAGGCCAGGUGAUUUCCGCAUGAUUGGAGGUCCUCGUUUGAGGAGAAAGCUUCUCAUCCUUGAUGUUAAUGGGCUACUUGCAGAUGUAGUCAAUCCACCGCCAAAAGAUUGUAAUCCUGAUGCAUGUUUCUCAAGACGGGCAAUAUUCAAGAGACCCUACUGUGAUGAUUUUCUGAAAUUUUGCUUUGAAAGAUUUGACGUGGGCAUCUGGUCUUCUAGAUCCAAGAAGAUCAUUGUGAAGGUGGUUGAUUAUUUGUUGGGAAACAUGAAGCACAAGUUGUUAUUUUGUUGGGAUAUGUCGCAUAGCACUCAGACGAUGUUCAAGACACUUGAUAACAAGCAUAAGCCCUUGGUUUGCAAGGAGCUGAGCAAGGUGUGGGACAGAUAUGAUCCGGAUCUACCCUGGGAAAGAGGGGAUUAUGAUGAAUCAAAUACUUUACUAUUGGAUGAUUCUCCGUACAAGGCCUUGCUAAAUCCUGCGCACACUGCAAUAUUUCCUCAUUCUUACAACUUCAAGGUCGAGAAUGAUGAUUCACUAGGCCCUGGAGGUGAUUUGCGAAUUUAUUUGGAAGAGUUAUUAAAAGCCGAACAUGUACAGAAGUACGUAGAACAACAUCCAUUUGGUCAGCGGGCAAUCGAUGAUACAAGCUCAGAUUGGAAAUUUUACUCUGAUGUUCUUUGCAGUCUGCUUGGUCAAUCAAGCUAAAAUUCUUGAUAUGCUCUUGUAUAAUUUGCAUGUGAGAGACAUAUUGUGAUGCCAGACACCAUAUGAACAGAGGCUUGCUUUCAGACUUUUGACAAUUUUGAAAACAGAUAAACUGGUCCGAGCUGUGUAGCAAUCACAAUAAUGUGGAAUGUGGUGGCUGAAAUUUUUCUGUACUCAUCAACGGUCUUCCCUUUGAAGGAGUUGAUUGAUUAUUUGCCUGUUAUUUUUGAACUGUAUCAUGUUAACAUUCUUGAUUUUCUUCCUCUCCCUCCUUUUUUGGGGAACGUUUAGUUGCUUAGGCUUCUUUCUCCUGUUGAUUAUGUAAUAUUAUCUGCUUACUUUCAUGAUCCCUCUGUCUGCUUUCAGGGUGAUGAUGUUUUUGCAGCUUAGGCUUUCCUUAAGCAGCUUGUUUGGAUAGUUGUUACCCAUUGUAUUAUAUUGUGUUGUUAUUUUAUA